GGCGUAUUAAAUAGUCCAAUCGUAAAAUACUAUAUAGUCCCCCCUGCGUCCGAGCUCGCUCUCUGCGACGGCCCGUCCCGUGUGCAAGCGACCCGAGCGAUGACAACCAAGUAGUCUCGCGAAGAAGCUGCGAGUCGACCAACAAGUUGCUUUUGGUGUUUAAUACAGAGCAAGAAUGAAGUGGUUUGGAGGAAGUAUUCCAGAGGCAAUUAGUUCAGCCAAAACACAGAAUGCCAUAUUUGUGGUAUAUGUUUAUGAUUCAUCAGAUGCCUCAAAAGCUACUGAUGAAGUCCUUGUUGACACAGAUAUAUCAGCAGUCUUGAGUUCAAAUAAGUUUGUAGCAAUUAAGCUUGAGAAUGGUACUGAAAGUGCCUUGCAGUUUUCUCAGAUCUAUCCUUUGGUGCUUGUUCCGUCACUGUUUUUCAUUAGUGGUCAGACAGGAUUACCAUUAGAAGUUCUUGGAGGACCACUCACCAAAGAAAAUAUAAAGCAGAAGCUCACCUCUUUGGUUCCUGAAGAAAAUCAGGGAGCUAGUGCUGCAGUGUCAGCUAAUGAAAAUGUGAAUGAGGGUGGUACACAGAACUCCAGUAAACAGCCAGAAAAGGAAGAAGAGACACCAAAAUUGACAGAGGAUGGUGCUGCUUCUGCCUCUGCUUUGAUUCAGCCGCCAAAAGAGUUGAGCCCAGAUGACCAAGCAUCCCCGUCCGGUUUAGGCAAUGAAAAGAAGUCGGAGGCAAAUGUAACCCCAGACUCUGGAAUUCAAGAUGAUUCAGGAACUCCAGAACGUGAAGAAAAUGACAGCGAAGCAAUAGAUGAUUCAGUCAGCUUGGAAGAUAGAGUAGAGAGAGCAAAAGUUCUUCUUGCUGAAAAACGAGCAGCUCAGGCACAGGAGAAAGCACAUGAGGAGAGACAGAAGGAAAUUGAACGCAGAAAGAUGGGUCAAGAGAUAGCCAAAAGGAAAUUGGAGCAGGAAAACAAGGAGAUCCGAGCUGCAGCUGAAGAACGCCGAAAAGACAAAGAAGAGGACAGAUUAGCCAGAGAGAGAGUAAAAGCCCAGAUUGCUGCUGAUCGAGCAGAACGAGAGGCUCGUCAAGCUCUUUUAAGAGGGGAAGAACCUGCAGCUCCACAGUCAAGGCCUGUUGCUCCAGUUUCUGUUCCUGCUGCUUCAUCAAAUAAUAGCAACAUUUCCAGGAUCAAGUUCCGUCUUCCUGAUGGAUCCUCAAGCAUAGCACAGUUUUCUUCGAGUACCACAUUGGAAGAAGUAAGACAGCAUGUGAGACAGAACAUAAAUCUUCCUUUCUCCAGUUUCACCUUGACAUCAACUGUCCAUAAUAGACCAUUUACAUCAGAGGAUAAUGAUAGGUCUCUUACUGACCUUGGCCUUGUACCAUCUGCCAUCUUGAUUAUUUUGUCUCAGAGCAGUAUAGGAGGCGGUGGUAGUGUUGUUCCCUCUGGUGGGAUAGUAGAUUUCUUCUGGAUUCUUCUUUCCCCCAUUACAUUUCUGCUUGGUUUAGUCCGGCAACUGUUUGGUGGAAAUUCAGCACCUCGUUCUCCAUCCACAUCUGGGAGUGAUGAACCUACAGCUAAAAGAGCUAGAGAGGAGGGACCAUCUACUUCCCAACAGAGACCCCAGAC